GACCCAGCUCUGGCAAUGGCUCCAGUUGAAAGGAUAACUUAUUUUGCGUACAACGAGGGCAUUGACCCGAGUAGACUACCUCUGGGCACUAUCGUUUUCGAUUAUGCGAACGCCAGGUUAUCGCGACAUUCGUAUCGGCCUAGCGAGGACGAAGAAUCGGUGCUCAAGGAGUCAAAAUAUAUCGAUGAGGAUAAACGAUCGUUCUGCAACAUGCUAUGGACGCAGAAGUCGGACGGCUUGCUCAAUAUCGACCUGAAGAAAGUCAUUGAAGCAGGCCAUAGCACGUCCAAGUCGGAUACCCGACUGAUUGUAGGCAAGGCAGGUUCAAAAGUCGAAAUCAUCGACUCGGACAAGUUCUUCGAUGACCAUUUACUCAAGCAAGAAGCAGUGCGCCAAUGGUUCGAGACCAGGUUCUCAGUUGCCCGAUCGAUCACUGCAGCAGUCAACAACCUCGUGAAAGCACCGCAUGUAUGGCUGCUCACGGGCAAGUAUGUCAUUGAGGACGGAACCGUGUUCUCAGUGCGAAAAGAGAGUUCGUCGAGCCACACGGCCGCGAAGGUACCCGUUCCAGAGCCCUCAGGCCUAUCCGAUCUGGCGGGUUUGAAGGUAGGCGUGACAGUUCGCCUUGGAAAUGGCGUAGAAGCACAAGCAAGCACCCAGAUUGAGGGCAGGAAGGUUUGGGCUGCACAAUGGAUCAAGGUGAAAGCGCGUUAUGUCGCAAACUCCAAGGCGAAGUCGGAUUCUGCAACUGUCGUGCAAACUUUGGAGCUGCAUGACGUUUGGAGUACAGGAACGACGCGAAGAUGGGACGAUGAGGCGCCAGCUCUUCAACUAGAGAAAGUCCUCGAUGAUACCGCAGAGAUAGAUGACAGUAGCUCUUUUGAUGAAGCAUGGUGGGAUAGGUUUGAGGACAAGCUCGCAGAACAUCUCGAAGAUUUGGAGAUUGAGGAAUGA